AAGAUUCAAAGAGUGGACGCCGAAACUUAGUUCAGUGACCGAUGGACAGAUCAAUGCUAAUUUAAAUAAUAAUAUUUAUUUUGGAAUUUACUUUAAACAGAUAUUUUGUGUCUCUUGUAGUUGACAGAAUUGGCAAUCAACAAUGAAGUACUGGCUUAUUACAUGCUCUGUUAUCACACAAAUCGGAUUGAUAUCAUGUUUGCUAUAUCCGUAUGAAACGGAAACCAGAGAGGUUAAAUCAUUGGAUGGACUUUGGAACUUCAAGAUAUCUCCCGAGAAUGAUAUGGAUGCUGGAUUCAAAGAGGAGUGGUUCAAACGAGAUCUUUCCAAGGAUGUAGACAGCAUCAAGAUGCCUGUACCUUCAAGUUACAACGACGUCACAACCAAUGCCACUAUCCGAGACUAUGUCGGUUGGGUUUGGUAUCAGAGAACUUUGCACGUUCCGAGCAGGUGGCUUGAAAACGACUCUAGAAUUGUGUUACAUUUUGGGAGUGUUCAUUAUCAUGCUAUCAUCUAUGUUGGUGAACAUAAGAUCGGAGAGCAUGAGGGCGGUCACUUGCCGUUCCAGCUGGAGUUGCCUCACUCUGCUGUUGGACGUAUCAACAGGCUGACUGUAGCUGUCAAUAACACCCUGACCCCCGACACUGUGCCUCAGGGUCGUCUGUACUAUCCUAACAACACUAUGAGGUAUCCUAAAGGUUACAAGCUGUACACUCAUGCCUUUGAUUAUUUCGACUACGCCGGGAUAAAUCGACCAGUGUUUAUGUUUAUUACAAAUAAAAUUUAUAUCAAAGACAUUCAUGUUUCCACUGAUGUUGAUAAAGGUGUUGGUUACGUUAAAUAUUCCCUGAAGUUAUCAGACCCAAGUGCCAAGUGCGUAGUGAGACUUUACGACUACAAAGACGAGCAGGAUCACGUUGUAGCUGAUGCAAACUCUUGUAACGGAGAGAUGAAGGUGUCAAACGCUCAACUGUGGUGGCCGGCCGGACUGUGUGAUAAAACUCCCGGCCAUCUCUACAUGUUUGAGAUCCAAGUAUUUGCAGGAGAGGGCUCGUCAUUGGUCGAUAGUUACUCCAUGUCCGUUGGUAUUCGUAAAGUCAGCUGGACGAACAAGACGCUGUUGAUAAACAACCAGCCAGUAUAUCUCACAGGGUUCGGAAUGCAUGAAGAUGCAGAUAUCCGAGGACGAGGUUUUGACUACGCCACCAUGACAAGGGACAUGAACCUCAUAAAGUGGCUGGGCGCCAACUCCUUCCGUACAUCUCACUACCCGUAUGCUGAGGAAACUAUAUUCGAAGCUGACGCACAGGGGAUCAUGGUUAUCCUGGAAGCUCCUGCAUGUAGUCUCAGUGGUUUCGGAGACAAACUGUAUAAACGCCACAAGGAUUAUGUCCAUGAGAUGGUAGCAGUUUUCAAGAACCAUCCCAGCGUCAUUAUGUGGUCUUUAGCCAACGAACCUGUGAGCAACAGUGAGCAAGCCAACUACUACUUUGGCAAUUUAUCAGCUGCAGCUAAAGAACUAGAUUCUACAAGGCCAAUCACUUUUGUUGGCAGUCAACUUUUGGAAAAUGAAACAGCUAUUCAACACGUGGACAUAAUUGGUGUGAACCGCUAUCGAGGCUGGUACACGGACUCCGGCCUGACAGACCUCAUCUCCUACCAGGUCGAGAAUGAGAUGACCGCUUGGCACGAGAAGUACAACAAACCUGUGAUUGUGACGGAGUACGGUGCAGGAGCUGUGUCUGGCUUACACACACUACCGGAAGCAAUGUGGUCGGAGGAUUACCAGGCGGUCACGCAUCAGAAGCAUUUCCUCGCCUUCGACAAACUACGACAGGAAGGGAAAAUCGCUGGGGAAAUGAUGUGGAACUUCAUAGACUUCAAUACACCUCAAGAAUACUUCAGACCUGGCCGAUGUUCUAAAGGGUUGUUCACGAGAGAAAGACAGCCGAAGCAAGUUGCCCAUGUGGUUAGAGAACGUUACACAUCUCUAGCAAAAUGCCCUAGCGAUUAACACCAUUGCAGUGAUGUGAUUGGUGUCAGGAAUUGUAAAAAAAGGUCAUAAUAGUAAGGAAAAGGUGGUAGAAAAAUAUUAAAUCCAGAUAUGAAAUGAUAAUAUCCAACUGACGAGGAAACUAGGAAUCGUACGAAUUUUUAUGACUGCUGUAAACGCCACGAAAUGUUUAUGCUUGGGUUUUGAAAUUAUCAUUUUGAAUUAUAGCCUAUGGCGAAGCGUCAAUCAAUUCCGUAGGUCCUCAUUUUACAUUAUAAUAUUUUAAUAUGUAUUGGAAGAAAAAAUACAACAUUAACUUUAAAAUCAGCAGACAAAGAAAACAAGAACUAAACUACAUACAUCAUGUAUGUAUGUAUGUACUGCUGAUGAGUCAUGAUGUAAAGAGACUAUUAAAACCAUUCAAUUUUUGUUGGAAAUUUGCAACAAACAAAAUUUCCAAAAAGUAGAUAAAACUUUCUAUGAAACAAAUAUACUGUGUAGUUAAAUGUAUAUAAUUUAUCGUAUAAUUUUAUAAAAAAAAUUUUAUGACAUUUUUGGUAAACCUAUAAAAUAAAGAGGUCAUAAAUUGUGGUUAAGUUUAAGUACAAUACAAAUAACAUAAUAAUUCUUGCUGUUUCUUCCUAAAACAAGAAAUUGUUAUAACUUUAAUACAAUUAUUAUUAUUCUUAAAAUAAACUAUGCAAAUCGCAGCAAACUGCUGGAAUUUUGGCAAAUCUAACUGGCAGUUCCAGGAUUAACUGCAACAUUCACGGUCAGCUAAGAAUCUUAACUGUCACCCCAAUACAAAUUGCGCUGCCUACAAAUUGACAGGCAAAGCUCUCUCUAAGUACUUAAUGCUUUUUACCAUGCGGUUGGCAUUCUGGGUUAUAGUAGUAUGUUUUCUGUGCUGUCACCCAAAUACUUCCUUCUGCUUACCGUGUAUUUAAUUAACCAUUGAGAGUCAUGUUCUAAUUUCGAUUUUUUGUUGUUGUUUAUUUCCCCUAAUCAUUAAUUGUUAGCUCUUGAAUUUAUAAGCAGGUUAUACUGUUGUACUUUGGAACUGGCUCAUAAAUCAACUAGUGUACUAUCAAGGAAUAUUUCCAAGAAGAUAAUGGAAAACCAAAUAAUUAUUGUAAAGCAAGAAACAACUUUCUAUGUAUUUUGACGCUAGUGUAUUUCUUAAAGAAAAUUACAGGAUGUAUGUUUAUUGUCUAUUGUUUAUAUUUACUGCAAUGUAAUUGGCCUAUCCUGAUGGUAUUUACAAUAGAGGCUUUGAAUCACCAGAUUAAAUAUGGAGGUAUUCUAAUUUAAUAGGUAGCAAGAUAAAAGCUUAAAAGACACUAUUAUUAACACGUUCGCUGUUGACCGCUAGAUGCCAGGACGGCGCCAGGAGCUGAAUUAACGCUCGCCGCUGCGUAAACAUUGCUGCCGAUACACUGAAUUACAGUAAAAACAACAGUAGUUAUACUGGAUGGCAAUGUUCUGCAAUAAAACUGGCUUUAGACAUAGUACUAAGUGAUUCUGAUAGAUAGCAGCACUACCUAGGUUGCAGUCGGUAAAGUAGUGUUGCUUUCUAGCAGGAAAGAGGUGUGACAAAGCCCUGUUCUAAACGACACUGGUGGUAAUUUUGGGAAACUAUAUUUUUUAUUGUCAGAAAAGUAUGUCCCCACAAGCUGCAAAGAAAUAUAGGACGCUUGUGACGAGCUGGCUGAUUCAUGGCAACGUUAAACAACAAUGAACGGCGAUGUUCCGGAACGUUCCUAGCUCCUGGCGCCGUGGCCUGUUUGACGUUCCGGAACGUCCGUAGCAGCGAACGUGUUAAUGCAAAAAAAACCUAUGGUACAAAAUCUACAAAAUAAUUUAUACCGGUUGUUUAUUGUUUGUAUAUUAUUUCAAGGGAAAACUGUGAGGCUGAUU